AUGAUCGCGGAUAGCGAUACGGGAGAAAAGCAUAAGAUUGAUCCGUGGAUCUUCUAUCAAGCUAAAAUCCCUCUGCCAAGAAGGAUCUAUGAUCUCUAUGUUGUCCACGACGUCGGUCUGUCAGACAAAAUGAUUAGAAGUACCCCCGAUCCUGCCUACUUUUGUACCAAUUAUAAUGGAUUUUAUGAGAAAG